AGGAGCAGCCAGCACGAACGAGAAGCGCCAGAAACCGGCCUAGCCUACAGCUACAGGCAAGCGGUCCAAGCGACAGAGCGUGAGUCCGAGGAUAAACGUCUACUGAGGUGCAAACGACACACAGUGGAGGCAAGGAUAACGUGGUUGAGGUAUCUUGAAUGCAGCUUCCUGCUUUCUCUGCAAUCCUUGUCCUAAUCUUUUCGUCUGACAAUUAUCGUGCUUUCCCUUCCUUUCCUGCUUCGUUUUUGAGCGGUUUAUGCCUUCAGAAGAACGGCGGCUUGGAGAUAGAGGUUGUGGAGCUUUCGAUGAGGCGAGAAGCGUUGUUGAACUGUAGGUUACAAUCUAUGGAUGUGACGACACUCCAAACUGCGAGCUCUUGUUAUUGGAAUCCACGAUGUUAGGCAGCGAUGGGCGACAGCCAUUCAUACCAAAAUGUCACCCUAUUUAGUCCUCUUGA